UUGCCAACCCGUCAGCUGCCGUCUUGCAGCUUGUAGCUGUGUAAUUGCCACCAUGAGCCUCCUGGCUCUUAGCCGCCGUGACUGGAUUACGACCACCGCCGUCUUUUCUUCGCUCUCCGGUGAACUGAAGCAGCCUCGGAUUCUACCUUUCCGAACUCUCCACCGUACACCGCCAGCGUUCCGGAUUCCUUCUUUCUCCUCUAGCCGCGUUUCGCCUCCACGCGCAGUUUCCAGCGACGUUUUGCAUGAUGCCGGCGCGACAGCGGCUGUCCUCGUCGGCGCCUACUCUCUUGUUCGCGGAUUCGACAAUCUCACCCGGCGGAAUUUGAUUCAGCAGAAUUUGAGCAGAAAACUUGUCCACAUAUUAUCCGGAUUGCUUUUCACAUUGUCUUGGCCUAUAUUCAGCACCUCAACGGAGGCUCGCUACUUCGCUUCAAUAGUUCCUACUGUGAAUUGCUUGAGGCUUGUCAUCAAUGGCCUCUCAUUAACCAAAGAUGAAGGACUUUUGAAAUCGCUUACCCGGGAAGGAAAACCAGAAGAAUUGCUGAGAGGCCCUCUAUAUUAUGUUCUAAUACUGAUUUUGUCAGCUGUCGUCUUCUGGCGUGAAUCUCCGGUAGGUUUGAUCUCAUUGGGAAUGAUGUGUGGAGGAGAUGGUAUUGCUGAUAUAAUGGGAAGAAAAUUUGGGUCCAAAAGGCUUCCUUAUAAUGAGGGGAAGAGUUGGAUUGGUAGCAUAUCAAUGUUUAUCUUUGGAUUGUGCGUCUCCGUUGGAAUGUUGUACUAUUACUCAGUUCUUGGAUAUUUGGAGUUGGAUUGGGGAAAGGCAGUGGAAAAAGUUGCUUUAGUUUCUCUGGUGGCAACUGUGGUGGAAUCUCUUCCUAUUGCAAAUGUUGUAGAUGAUAAUAUUUCAGUACCACUGGUCAGUAUGGCAGCAGCCUUUCUGACUUUCUGUAUUUAGUAUCAUGGACUUUUCCCAGCUUCCCAUCACAUCUCUCUCUCAUUUGAGUUAGAUAUUUAAAAACAUUUUUAGGGGUGUUUGAUAAAUGGGUAUAAGUUGUUGGGUUGGGUGGAUACUCAUGUUUGUUAAGCCCAUAAAAGAAAAACGGCACCUAAAACUAAUCCUAAAAACUAGUGAUAUUUUCAUUUUCUUCUCUCU